ACCUUAUGGACCUGGACCAAUAAUGUUGAAGCCUUCUUUAUAUGCCAGCUGCUAUAUUAUUCUUCAAGAGUUGAAGCUAGAUGCUCAACUGAGAAGUGAGACGGUUUCUUGGUGAAGUUUAGGAUGCAUGAUUGGGCUGCUCCGCUCAUAGCUGCGGCUCUGUUUGCGUUUCUGGCACCGGGGUUGGUGUUGCAAAUCCCUGGAAAGAAUCGACCUAUGGAUUUUUUCAACAUGAAGACUAGUUUGGCUGCCAUGUUUGUGCAUACCGUUCUCUAUGGUUUGUUUCUUAUUUUAUUUUUUAUUGUUCUUCAUGUCCACCUCUAUGCCUAGGGAGCUGAGAGGGUCUCCGAAAGUAGAGCAAAUUAAGGCAUACACCUUCUUGGCUCACUCGCAAUUUUCUUAUUUCAAUUUGUUGUCUUCCAGUUACUACCGCUGUUCAAUAUAACCUAAGCUUGCAUAAAGACUGAUUUUUGCGUUCAUCAAAAGAUUUAUAGUUGCUAUGCACUUCCAAGUUCCAAGUUCA